CUUGUUAGUGAGGGGUAUCUCUCGUAUGAGAUCUCCUCUUGGCACUCUGUCUAGGGAUUCGUUACUUAAGCCAAAGUACCACACAGACAUAACAUCAUAUGAUUUGUUUAAGGUUUGGGUUAAGGAAUGAGAAAUAAAAUAUUUAGCUUGAAGAUUGUUGCACAGCAUCCCUGGCAAUGAAUACUUGUAAGGUCUUUAUAAUCAACAUGCCAAUGAAUAUCUUGCAAUGAAACACGUCGACUGUAAGCUGCACCAAUCGCAAAUUUUCAAGAAUUAUAUUGAAACAUGAACUGAACUAUAUUUUAGAGCUACAAACAAGUUGAAUUAAAAAAAACAGAGAAUGUUUACAGUAACUGUCCACAUGUACGUCGUAAGUGUGUUACGCCUUCAAAAUGUCACAAGCUUUAUAUUGUCACCAAUUUUAAAACAUUAAAAAAAAAAAAAAAUGUUGGCUAUAAAUGGUGCAAGCCAUUAACAUUUUCUCCGAACGUCUGCCCCAAUUUGUUGUCGACCUGGUGACACCGGGGAAGAAACGAUAACGUCCAUUAUAGCAGACGUCUUAAACGAUGAUGCGCCAUCUUCUUCUCGUUGGAGCCGCCGUAAGUUUUUGCUUUGUGGAUCUACUUUUGUUGUCAUAAAGUCUACAUCUAUUUUAUGCGAUUAUUCUCAAUUAAUCAUGCAUUUAAGUAAAAUCAAAUAUUAUAAUUUAAUAUAAUAUAUAUAUAUAUAUAUAUAUAUAUAUAUAUAUAUAUGUGUGUGUGUGUGUGUGUUUUACUAUUAAAAUCAGACACAUAAACAAAUACUGUAAGAUUAUUUAUUCAAUUAAUAAUUAUUACCGACGAUUUAUUAAGUGUUUAUAAAUUAACAUAUACAUAAAUAUUAAUUUCCAGUUAAUAUGAUUUGAAAUUAAUUGGUUUUUAAUAAAAAGUUUAACAAAAUUCUUAACUGAAUUGUUUUCAUUGGGUGUUUUUGUUCUUAUUGGUUAUUUCAUGUGUUAAUAAAUAUCUCUAAAAUAUGCACAGCUGCUUAGGCAGUCUUGUUCCAUACAGUCUCAGAUAGGGGAUAAUUUAAUUUUAAUGUUUAAACUGUUUUUAUUGCAGAUUCUCAUCUUUGUCUCUGAUGCACAGGUCUGUAAAUUAAAAUCUAUGUAAUCUAAAUGUUCUCUUAAUCCAUGAUGAAUAAUUAAUAGCUUCACAGGCAUGAACUAUUUUUAAUAUUUGUGGAAUUUAAACUAAAAUGAAAUAAAAAGCGUUAAUUUAUACAUGUUAUAUAUAUAUAUAUAUAUAUAUAUAUAUAUAUAUAUUUAUAUAUAAAUAUAUUAAUUAUAGAAUCAACAUUUAUAUAGCCAUUUAUGUGUGUACUAUUUAAUGACCCCAAAAAAAUAAUAUUACCAUUUCAAGCUUUGCCAAUUCAACUGUAUUAAUUUUUCUUCAGGCUCAGGGCGGUAAGUAAAUCUUUAANUAUAUAUAUAUAUAUAUAUAUAUAUAUAUAUAUAUAUAUAUAUAUAUAUAUAUAUAUAUAUUAAUAAAUAUAAACGAAUGUCUGUCGGUAUGUAUAUAUGUCUAGUAUGCGCUCCUACACCAAUAGUGAGAUGUUGUCCAUAAGCCAGCUAAUUUUUCUGAGUCAUUACAACCCUUUUAAAAUAUUCAGUUUUGGGCCGCUGGCCCUUAAUUCUUUUUUUGGGGGGUUUCAUUAUGUGAGCUUUGUAAAUAAUAAUUUCCAUAUGCGCUCCUAUACCAUUUAUUCGAAUGCGAUAAUUCUUUGAUUAAAACUGCGAGGGAUCCACCCAUGCAGUAGUUCUUUUUGAGAUUAUAUUGAUAUAAUAUAAUAUUUUAGCAAAGAAUAUGUCGCUACUACGUGGGUAACAAAGUGGGUGCUGGCGGGUCGUAUGUUGUGCCGACCUAAACUAAAUACUUUUAACUAAACAAGCGGAAGUGUGGAAAAAAGGGGCAUCGAAAGGUCGAGCGACAGCUCUCUUUGACCUGCUUGUCUUAAACAAAUAUUUUUUUUAAUAUCACUAAAUAAUAAUUUGCCUUGUAUUUUUCAUGUAAACCUUUUUGGAGCUGAACUACAUAGUUAAUAAAUGAAUUUUUAGAAACAAAAUCAACAGAUUUCCAUCACAAAUAAGCACUGUUAAUAUCAUUUUAUAUGUUGAACGCAAUUAAAAAACGCACUUAUAAUUAUCAACUUAUGUGAAAUAAUAACCUUUGUUAAAUAUGUCCAAGCUUUUCCGUAGUCAAAAGAAAAAAAAAAUAGUUUAACUACUAUUUUUAGAUUCAAAAUGAUUUAUUAUUAUCCGUGACCCUGUAGCGUGGUUGGGCCAAGGUGAGCCAGUGCGUUGUCUAUGUAAUAUUUACUGUUGCCAAGAUGCACCAAACGUCACAAAAUGGCGGUCUUGUCGUUUAUUACGACGAAACACAUGUCUAAUAAUAAUGAUGUUCGUCCCUCGCAGGCGGGAAUUGACCGAGACUUGAGAAGCAGCCUUGACUCGAGCUGCGCGUUUCACUUUUGCUGUUAAUUCGCUCUACGUCGCAGGAGUUGUCAGAAUUGUCAUUGCGUCGAUGUAAAACCACCUACGGGACUCCAUCUCCAAGGGUUCUGAGUUCAGAGAUAUCUUCCGAAAAAUAAUAAUAUUGCAGCUUUCAUAAAAUGGCAGUAGUUCAUGGUUAAAUAUAAUCAACCAUUGUGCUCUUUGUUAUAGCGAUACAGAUUUUAAGUCCGUCACAAGCCGUGACUGUAAGGGAACAAAAAAAAUAAGGCAAACAUUUUUUUCCCACUCUUCUUGUUCAGAUGGGGAAGAUCCUUGCCAGAUCGUAAGAUGCUCAUAUGGUGCGAAUUGUAUUGCCUAUGGAGACACUGCUAUUUGUGAAUGCCCCUUUGGAUAUUCAGGGAUAAGAUGUCAAGACCCAAGUUAG